ACCUUGAGAGCUGCUCGAGUGAACCUGCAGCAAAAACAAGCUGCGAUUGAACAGCUGCCCUAAACAAAACAACAGAACGCUUUUCUGUAAACAAACGAUUGUACGCAAAAUGGCUCGUAGAAAUGUGUGGACAACGGAGGAAACGCGUGAGCUGCUUGCCAUUAUUAAGGAGCUAGAUUUGAUGAAGAUGUUCGGCGAAGAACGGAACACCAAACUCUACCAAAUCGCGGAAGAUGAAUUGAAGCAUCGGGGAUUCUACUAUAAGGACGCUUUUCAGAUUGAGCAUAAAUGGAAAAACCUAAAGCGAACGUAUCACAAAACGAAGCGAGAAAACUACCUAACGGAGUCGUGUGAAUUUUACGAAGAACUUGACGAGCUCAUGGCCAUGAAACCAACUACGACGACCUCCAAAGCCAGAGGCGAAGCCAGUGAUCGUCCGAAACGACCAAGAGCCGUGUUGGAAAAUUUUGACCUUUUGCUAACCAAGCUCGCCAAGGUGGAACGUGAAAACAAUGAUGAAUUCUUCAAAAAACAAAAAGAUCUAGUAGAUUACGAGUUUGAUCUAUACACACAUGACGAGCGACAGUAUACGGCGAAAGUAUCCCAGAUGCUUAACAGAAAUAUGAACGAUUUUUGCGUUAAAGCGUCUCAGAUUCUGCUUCAGGAAGGAAUUGUGGAAAAGAUUGUUGAUGAGGUAGAAGACGCACCGAACAUGGAGGACCCUAAGGAAACACACGAUCUGGAGCAGAUAAUGGUGAUGGAACAACAACCGGUCGUGAAGAAGGAGAUCGUCAAAGAAUUUUAUCAAACAUGGCGAGAAGAGGAACCGUUUUAGGAGAAUCAGCUCUGUGCAAUGUGUUUCGCAUCGGAUUUUGUAACUUGAUGAAAGGAAUAGAUUCAUGUUAUCCACUGCUUAAAAUACCGUUGUCUAAUCCAACAUUAAACGUUUUUCACAAGGAAGUCGUUUAGUUCGUAA